UCCAGAUGGCCAGAGGCAUGCGCCUGCUCUCGGUGGUGGCUGCGCUGGCGGCCUCAGCAAGUGGGAUGCCGUGUCCCGCCCCCUGCCCACAUCAGCAGCAGGCGGCGCCUACUUCCCCGUGGCGGCUGAUGCUGCUGCCCCCCCGUGGGAUCGUCGUCCUCGUGCCGUGGUACAUACACCUCUGCCUCUCGCAGCAGUUAACUGAUGGAGCGCCUGCGUUGGCCGCACCAGUCCUGCAAGCAUCGGUGGCGUCAACGGGGAAACGUGGGUUCGGGCCUGCGACAACGGAAGAAGCCGUCGGCCUGCCGCUCUGGGAAGACCUGCUGCGCAACUUCAUCAGCGCUCCCGACAGGCCUUCCGGUUUUGGCCAGCUGGGGAGAGUGGGCGGCCUGUGUCGCGAGCCGUUGUCCUCACCAGACGGCGAACAACACUGACCAGCUAAGCGAGGGGGGACGUCAGCCUGCAGCGCUCUCUACGACGCACUGUUUGAACAUGGUUGGUUGUGCUGGCUGUUGCCUUUCUACCACGGGACAAUGAUUUAAUACCAUCUCAGUGAAAUACGAGAGUUGAAACUUUAACAGUGGCAACUAUUUGUUUACAGCUCGUACAAAACAGGUACGUGUUUCAAAGUCUUACUAACCUUCAGAGCAGUCACCAGCAUUGUGUAUAACCCUUUGCCAGCGAUGUGGAAGUCGUAGGAUACUCUUAGCAGUGCCAGUUGGUUGACAGUUCGAGCGGCGCGGUCUAUUGCCCGACGAAUUUGUAGCAGUUCUAAGGCGAAUGCCGUGAAGUGAUUCCUUCAGUUUAGAAAUCGAGCUGAACUUACGACGGCUCAACUCAGGCGACUGCAGUAGGUGGUAUAGCACUUAGCAGCCCCAUUAGUCAAACAAAUCAGUAACAGCUUUCACUGUACGUGCAUGAGUAUUGUCCUGCAAAAUGAUGGUCAGGUACUGCAGAAAGUGUCAUCACUUCUGUUUCUAAGCUGAUCGUAGGUUGUGUUCCAAAAAUGAACAGCAUAGAAACAGGAGUGAUGACACUUUCUGCAGGAGCUGACCGUCGUUUUGCAGGACAAUGCUCAAGCACGUACAGUGCAAGCUGUUACUCAUUUGUUUGACUGAUGGGGCUGCUAAGUGCCGUACCACCUACUGCACUCCACUGACUUCGUGAGCUCAGCUAGAUUUAUAAACUGAAGGAAACACUUUACGUCAUUCGCUUCAGAACUGCUACAAAUUUGUCGCGCAAUAGAGCGCAACGCUCGAACUGUCAACACAACUGGCACUGCUAAGAGUCUCCUACCACUUCCACAUCGCUGGCAACGGGUUAUACACAAUGCUGGUGAAUACUCUGACGGUCAGUAAAACUUUGAAACAAUUACCUAUUUUGUACGAGCUGUAAAGAAAUAGUUGCCACUAUUAUAGUUCCACACCUGGUACAUUGGUUGCCGUAAUAACUGACACCGCAAGACAUAAUACUCGACAAAGCAACAGGACACUCUGACAUAGCAAGAAAUAACUGUGUGACGUGGGGCACAACUGCAUUCCAUGUCAAAGUAGCGCGUUGCUAUCUCGCAACGAUCCCAAAAAACGACCGAUAUUAACAACUUAUUGAGAAUGAGAAGGAGCAGAGAGUGCUGAUGUAAAAGGAGACGGAAUAUUCGAGUUGAGAAAGCGAAUUGUCUGUAAAAUACAUCAGGAGGGGAUAAUGCUGAGCGAAUUGUGGAUUCAACUAUCUAUAAACAAAGUCCGCACAAUAAAUACGAGGGUCGUUCAAUAAAAUAUGCAAUUCUUUUUU